AUGGUGAUUACCCGUUUUGAGGCGCGUCUCCAUGAUGAAGACCAAUAUGGCCCCCCUGCGCGUACACCAGGGAGGCUCUAUCAAGAUGACUAUCUAGACCACCCAUCAUCCCCUGCUGGACCACUUGUGGCGCCUGACCGGCGCCGACGCGGUGACGACAGUCCGUCAUUCCGACGUCCGCAGCUUAUUAGGCGGCAGUCGUCCUUGGACACUUUCGACCGCAUACCCCGGCGCAAGAUGGAACAGUUCGAAGUGCGAGACCGCGCUCCCCGUACUCCUCGCGUACCUGUGCUUGCUCCGCCUCCCCGUCACCCGGGCCGUUAUCGCGAGCGCGAGGUCUAUGAGGAUAUUAGGAUCGCUGAACCCGACUACUAUGGCGACGAGGAGUUUAGAGAGAUUAGGGAUCGAGAUAUGACUGACCAUCGCCGCCGCUCCAGUAGCACUGUCCGCAGACAUCACGAGGAGAAACCUUACCCACGCAAAGGAAAGACUCGCGUUCCUCGUCACCUUGCCGAUGUGUACGCCAUCAUGGAUCUAGGCUAUCCAUUCAAGGAGGAGGGGGACGUGAUCGUCAUUCAGAAGGCGUUGUCAAAGGCUCAGAUCGACGAAGUGCUCGCCCGGAGUCGUGAGUUCAGACGGCCUUCACCCGUGGAAAGCGAAUACAUCGCCAUCCCACCCUCUCCUCCACUCAGGCCGCGUGAGAGGAUAACCACGGAACACCUGCUCGUUGAGGCUGCUUCUCCGCGCACCAGCCAUGAGGCAUUCAUCGUCGAAGCAGCACCUUCGCGUCACAGGUCACGAUCGCGUCGUCCUGUGGAGCAUUAUGAAGAGGUUAUCGAGCGGCCUGUAGGUCGGCCGGUAGAUCGGUCGCGACUGCGGGCGGCUUCACGCGGGGUGUCCCGGCGACGGGCGAUAUCAGUCCAUGACAAUGGACCUCGUGUCUCGGCUCCAGUGCAAUACAUCGGAGCACGAGAAACCGAGAGUGCCCAUACCAGCUCAAUGGUUCUUGUACGUCCACGAGAGAGCGACCGUGAUAUCCAGAGUCUGGAAGAGGAGAUCAGACGUCUUCGUAUGGAGAAGCAGGGUGGAAUUGAGAUCACUCGCCAACGUGACACGGAGAUCAUUGACAAUAGAGGUAACGAGGAGGAAUUUACUGAGAUUCGGAGGCAGGAUCGCAAAGAACCCAACUCUCGCAUCAUGCGUGCCAUGAUGGCAACUCUAACUUGA